UCCUCAUUCUGACGAUCAUCUCAUUCCGACUUUCUCAUUCCGGGUUCUUGGCUUCUUGGUUUGUUCGAAGGCGAUGGCGUGGUGGUAGGCCGCGCUCCCCAGGCACUUUUGCUGGGAAUCUGAGGUGUAGCUUUUAUCCCACAUGGAUGUGUGCUGUCGUGAAUCUUGCGGCAAUCUCAAGGCUCGCCGUGGUCCGUCGAUCAGGCAAUUGCGGGUUGAAUCCGUGCUCUCACGAUUUCCCCUGAAAAGUUCUUCAUUAUUACGUACGAGUUACAGCACUUGCUAAAUCUAAUAAACGGCUGAGAUGUUCUCGCACCGCAUACGAGUCAGCCAGCUUAGUCUCCGCUGAGUCUCUACGGAUUCAGUAACACACUGUUUUCUUCUCCCAGUUCCCGGGACCGGGAAACAACAACUGGGAUUCGCAGUUAGAGAUCACCAGUUCCCUCUGAUAAGAUUUUGCAGUCAACUAUUUCUACACCACUCUGAUCAGGCUCUGGCCAGUGUAUCACAACCGACUGCGUUCGAUCUCCAACCUCUCAACCGCAUUCAGCCGCACCGAACCGCGGCGAUGCAUCGGUCGACGAGUGCGGGAGCCAUGUCCACUGUGGCGACUGGCGGUGGGGUCGCGGCAAGACCCCGCAAGGAGCGGAAAGUGACGUUCGUGGUGCGAGACUCGGACGACACCACUCACUGUGCCGGUGUAAACAGUGUCUGCCUGGCCCCUCCUGCCACGUCAGCAUGGUACCUUCACCAGCAGGGACCUGGAUCUUCCUAUCCCCAGUCUCACUCGCUUUCACAAGGCCACAGUAGAAGCAGCAAUGGCGAUUUUAACGAGGAUGCUUAUAUCGAGGAUGUAGUGUUCACUGGGAGCCGGGACGGAACCAUAAAGCGGUGGAGGGUUCCGGUAGGCUCGGUAGGGCCCAGAGCAGCAGAAGAGGAUCGGUAUGGGAGGGGGAAUGGAGGUGCAGUAACCCCAAGAGGAGUGUAUGAGGCGACUUUCGAGUCACACACGGACUGGGUGAACGACGUUGUGCUUGUGGGGGCGGACACCCUCGUCUCAUGCUCCUCCGAUGGCUCCAUCAAGACUUGGAAGGCCUUUUCACCAAGGGGAGAAUGCACGGAUACCCUUCGGCAUCACAGCGAUUAUGUCAUUGCUCUCUCUGCCGCCCGUGAUGUCCCUCUGGUUGCAUCAGGCGGGCUUGGCUCAGAGCUCUUCAUCUGGGACCUGGAAGCUGCUCAGGCAGUCGCGUGGUCAGGGGGGGCUCUCCCUCCCUCCUCCUCCUCCCCCUCCGCUCCCGCCUCUAGUAAUUCUACUGCUAAUGGCACCUCUGCUGCCGGGCCAAAUGGUUCUGGAGUGGGCGGAGGUGGGGGAGGGGUAGGUGGAGGGGUGAACACAGGGGGAGCAGGAGGAGGAGGAGGAGCAGGGGGGGCAGGAGGAGCAGGAGGAGCCGCAGGUCCGGGAGUGGGAGUGGGGGUGUAUGCGCCAGUAGCAGCGAAGGGGCACAAGGACUCGGUGUAUUCUGUGGCGAUGAACAGUGGCGGCAGCGUGGUGGUGUCGGGCGGCACAGAGAAGGUGGUGCGUGUGUGGGACCCACGGACUGGCACCAAGCAGAUGAAGCUCAAGGGGCACACGGAGAACAUACGGGCAGUAGCCGUUGAUCCCACGGGCAGGUUCUGCUUGUCGGGCUCUUCUGACUCAAUCAUUCGGUUGUGGGAUCUAGGACAGCAGCGCUGCGUGCACUCCUAUGCAGUUCACACAGACUCUGUGUGGGCUCUGGCAGCCAAUGAGGAGUUUACACGUGUCUACAGUGGCGGCAGGGAUGCAUGUGUGUAUGUCACCGACCUCACCACUCGGGAAAGCAUCCUAUUGGCCAAGGAGGAUCGCGCCGUGCUCCACCUGGCGCUGCGGGCUGCCAGCUCAGCAGAGGGGAGAGCGAGAGGAGGGGAGGGGGGGGGCGGGGAGAGAGGUGGGGAGGGGUUGGGAGAAGGCAGAGGAGGAGCGUUUAGGAGAGGGUUGGAUUGUGAGAGGAUGUGGGUUGGCACCUCGGCGUCAUCCAUCAGGUGCUGGCCUGCUGACCCUGCAGCUGCAGCUGGGGGACUAGGAGGGGGGUGGGUGGGAGGCGAAGGGGAGGAUACAGCAUCUACGGAAGGGCGAGGGGUCGGCGCGGAAAUGCGAGGAGCGGUGAAGGAAACAGCGCGUAGGCUCGCAAAUGGAAGUGCGAAGACUACUGGCGGAUAUGAUAGUCACGGGAUGGCCAGUGGAGGUGAGGAGAAGCAGGAGAAGGAGAAGGAGGAGGGGACAGUGGUGCCACGCGAGGAGGUGGGAGGUGGAGAGGAGGAGGGGCCGGUAUCACCGGAUGGGCCUCUCUUCUGUGCCAGUCCUGACCUGUCCGCUAGUUCGUUCAUCGCUAGCAGCCUUGGGAUAUCCCGCGCACGAGCAAGUGUUGAAGGUUCCCUCUCUCUGGUUGCUGUGUUCCCUUGUCCUCUCGCCACCAUCCCCGGCACCUCACCCAUCACGCGCCAUGCCAUUCUGAACGACCGAAGACACGUGCUGACCAGGGACGAGGCGGGUGUGGUGAAGCUGUGGGAGAUAACCAGGGGCGCUGUGGUUGCCGACUAUGGUGUGGUACCAUUCGAGGAGAAGGAGAAGGAGCUCUUUGAAAUGAUCAGUGUGAGCCCGUGGUUCUCAGCGGACCUCCGCUUUGGCUGCCUGUCGGUUCACCUGGAGUGCCCCCAGAGCUUCUCUGCCGAAAUCUACGCCAUCGACCUUGAUGUGCCAGGGGCUUCAGAGGACUUGAAGCUGAAUCUAGGCCAACAGACGCUUAGAGGACUGCUCUGGCCCUGGCUCAAUGAGAAGAGAAACCCCCAAACACAACCCUCCCACACUCACUCCUCCCUCACUCACUCCCCUCAUCCCUCCUCCUCAACCACCUCCUCCUCUUCCAACGCCCAUUCUUCUCUAAGGCGUUCCUCCUCUGCUGCAGCAGCCACAACAGCAGUCCCAGCACCAACCGCACCAGCAGCAGCUGCAGGAAGGGUAGCGGCGGCAGCAGGAGCGAAUCAGCAAGCGACAAGUGGCACGGCAACACCAUCAUUAUCAACAGCAGGAGGAGGAGGAGGAGGAGGAGGAGGAGCAGGAGCGGCAGAAACAGCAGCAGUGGGAGGAGGAAUGGCAGCAGCAGGAGCAGGAGUGCCAGCAGCAGCAGUAGGAGCAGGAGCAGGAGGAGCAGCAGGAGGAGCAGCAGCAGGAGGGACAACAGAAGAGGAGCAAGAGGAUGACCUUCUAUCGGGCCUUCUUCCUUCCUUCGAAUUCCCCCACCAGUUUCCCCCCUCUAUAAUCACGGAGGGGCCUCAGUUCGGCCCCUGGAGGCGGAGAGUCGUGACUCUGGCAGCAGACGGGGCGGGGUGGGAGGAAGCGCGGCUGCUGCUGCCGUGGUGGUGUGCUGACUGCGUGUGGAACGACCGAAUGCCGCAGCGAGAUCCCAGCAAGUGCAGCUUCUAUCUGCAGCCAUUGGACGGCUCGCAGCUGCGGCCGCUGACUCAGAACAAGCUGAGUGCGCCCAAGAUACUGAGAAUCCACAAGGUGAUGAGCUAUGUUCGCGAGAAGCUGGGACUGGACGAUUUGCAAGAGGAGGAAGAGGAGAGCGGAGGGGGGGUGGGAGAAGGGGUGAAGGCGAGUGGACGGGGGGUAAAGGGGUCAGUGGGGCCUCCCACCCCUCCUGUGGUGGUCGAGAUUUUCUGCAAUAAUGAGCUGCUGAAGCCAGACAUGAGCUUGGCCACUGUCCGCACAUACAUUUGGAAGAAGUCGGAAGACCUUGCACUUUUCUAUCGCCUGGCGAAUUCGACCCUCUAGCGCUUGCUCACCUCUUUUUGUUUCUUAUUCAUGGCUCUGCCCAGUGUUUCCUUGAUUCUGGCAUGGUUGACAAUGGGCGUGUCAUCAAUAAUCUAGAAAUAGCCAUAACAUUCCCAAGAUUUUUUUCUCCAUCUUGCCAGAUUUGCCUUUAGUGGUGUAACUUUCGGCACCAA